UACUGUAAGCUAAAGCCAGAGGCCGGACCUUGCGAUGCCUACUUUGUAAACUACUACUACAACCCUGCUGCUGGUUACUGUCAACAGUUUGUUUACGGUGGGUGUGGUGGCAAUCAGAACCGGUUUAACAGUGGCUCGGAGUGCAACGCGGCAUGUCAGAUAAACGUAGUAUGA